AUGGCCCACCGUACCAAUCCAUUCACUCAAGAGCUCAUUGAAACAGCUAGAAGAAUUGCUACCCCAGGCAAAGGAAUUUUGGCUGCUGAUGAAUCUUACUUACUUACUUACUUAAUACGCAUACACACGCUUAACGUCCACUCACGGGGUUAGCAAAUCCCAGGCCUUCCGCUCGCCUCUCGCCGCAUCGGGCCCACAGACCUCUGGGCAGGUCCGCUUCGUUCACCAAGGUGCGCCUCCUGGCUAGUGUUGCCGACUUCGACGGCUCAUGGAUGAGCUACUUGCUUGUGACAUGGGUUGCCAUUCCGAAAACCCAAAAAAUGGAUUUUCUGGUAGGCUAUCGGCAAAAAGGAAAAAACGUAGCCUGGGACGUAACGCCCAGUUUCACGCUAGGGAGUUGCCCGAUUGGUCCUAAGGACUUUGCUGAGCUUCCCCUUACCAACUUCCGUGCCCUCCUUUCCCAUGAGGAAAAAACCACCCUGAGAAUAGACUAGGGCUAGGCUCUGUACACAACCAGAAUUGCUUACCUAGUAUUGCUGUCCAUCUCUGAAUGGCAAAACCUUGCCGGAUAUAAUUAAAAUAUGAGUCGAGGCUGCAUGGCCGGAGGCCAUGCCCAGACGAAGACGCCAUAUUUUAAUUAUGGCUGCUGAUGAGUCAACCGGGACAAUUGGUCAGCGCUUUUCCAAGAUCAACGUAGAAAACAACUACGAGAAUCGCCAAGCUUACAGAUCUCUCUUGUUCACAACCCCUGGCAUUGGCCAAUACAUCAGUGGAGUCAUCCAAUACGAGGAAACCCUUGAUAAUAAGCUUGAAGACGGCACUUCCUUACAAGUUGUCUUGCAAAGAGAAGGCAUUGUCCCUGGCAUCAAAGUCGACAAAGGGACUGUCAUCAUCCCAGGCACUGACGGAGAAACAGCCACCCAAGGCCUCGACGGUCUUGCUGAAAGAUGCAAAACUUACUAUGAAAAAGGCUGCAGAUUUUCAAAAUGGAGAGCAGUCUUAAAGAUCGGCCCAAACACUCCUUCUGAAAGAGCCAUUGAAGAGAACGCCCAUACUCUUGCUAGAUAUGCCGCAAUUUCUCAAGCUAACGGACUUGUCCCAAUUGUGGAGCCAGAAGUGCUUGCAGACGGCACCCAUACCAUUGAGGAAUGUGCUGAGAAAAGCCAAAGAGUUUUUGCAGCUGUGAUGAACGCACUUCAUAUCCAUGGAAUUUUGUUUGAAGGUAUGCUAUUUAAGCCAAAUAUGAUCACCCCAGGCAUUUCAUCAGCUGAAAAAGUCAGCGCUGGAGAUGUUGCAUGGAGAACUAUUCAAGUUUUAUCAAGAACCUUACCAGCAGCUGUACCUGGAGUCAUGUUCUUAUCUGGAGGACAAAGUGAAGAGGAAGCUUCAUUGGAAUUGAAUGCCAUUAACGCACUCCCUGACGUAAAAAGACCUUGGACCUUGAGCUUUUCAUUCGGAAGAGCCUUACAAGCUUCUUGUUUAAAGGCUUGGCAAGGGAAACAUGAGAACGUUCAAGCUGGACAAGCUGCAUUUAUUGCAAGAGCCCAGGCUAACUCACAAGCAACUCUUGGACAGUAUCAAGGUGGAGCAGGUGGAGAAGGAGCCAGCCAAAGCUUAUACGUGAGCAAUUACGUUUAUUAA